AUGUCCGAAACCCAGUGUGAGAGCAAAGUUCGACGCAAACUCGUAGAGAUUUCUACUGCCGAAGCCAGACUGGAGAGAGGAUCUGAUCUCCCAACAUGUACUUGCCCCUCCGCCAGGUUGCGGAGGGCAGAGUCCAUGCUUCCUGCCGCUGCCGCCUCUCUUGCCGCUGCCGCCGACCCCGUCGACGCCGCCGUCGACGAGGCCGUCGCCCGUGCCACCGCCCGUGCUGCCGAGCCUGCCGAGCCUGCCCCCGGCCCUGCCGCCGACCCCGGAGCCUGUGCCGCCGCCCGUGCCGCCCUCCGUGCCGCCCCGCCUGUCGCGCCUGGCCGCGGCCCUGCCACCGGUCCGCCCGCCCUGCCGCCACCAUCCCACCAGCUGCCCCGCCGCCGCCGCCUGCCCGUCGUGCCGCCCGGCCGUGCCGCCGGCCCUGCCCCCGACCCCACCGCCCAGGCCGCCGCCCAUAUCACCGCACGUGCCGGCCCUAAGGGGCAGGAGAAGAAACCAGUUUGGCGGGGGUGA